UGAAUGUGCAGUUCCAAGUUUCGUUUCUAAAAGUGCAAGUCAGAUGUGCGGAGAUUUUAAUUUAAGCAUUCAGAAAGUUUUUCCAGUGAUGUUUGGCGAAAAAUUACGCAAAAAUAGCAAAGAACAAUCCACCAAAAUGUCGGGCAAAUUGAAAAUAUCUCUGGCUGAAAAAUAUCGCCGCUACUGUAGGGGUCCGUUCAAGCAUCCGAAGAUGCCGUUUAAGAAAAUUCGAGCAACAACAAAACAAACAUUAGCUCUUAAAAGUUACUUAAACGAUUUAGAGGAUAGCGGAAAGGCAAUUGUAAUUGUUUGUCUGAAGACUGGUGGAAUUCGGCAGAAAAGCAGCAUUAGAGGCCUACGCUUUCGCGACGAGUCCGCCACACCGGAGCGUAGCUUCAAGGUCGAAUCGCCAAGUCGCGACGAGCUCGAACCGCCAAGUCGCGACGAGCUCGAACCGCCAAGUCGCGACGAGCUCGAACCGCCAAGUGGCGACGAGCUCGAGCCGCCAAGUGGCGACGAGCUCGAGCCGCCAAGUGGCGACGAGCUCGAACGGCCGAGUGGCAACACGUCCGAAUUGGAGAACCGGAACAUGACGGAUCCGCAGCAGGACCCAAGGCCAUCGAACACCCUGUUGCAUGCAGUCUGCGGAUAUGACGAUGAGAUCAGUCAUUGUACGCGAUGCCGCAAAGACUCUAGGAAACGCCGUUAUCGGGGCUUAAGCGUGUGCGAGUGCUGGAGCACCAGCUUGAUCAAAGAUAUAGAUCCCUUUUAUUUCUACGCCAAGGACAUCUUCAAUCAUCUGUUCCUGGUGGAGAGCACGCUCCCGGUACUCAAGAGCCGCAUGGCAGGGCAUAAGGAAUUGACACCCAAUAUGCGCAGAGUUCUCGUCAACUGGCUCCAUGCUGUACACAACAAACUCUCCUUGCGUGAUGAGGUCUUUGAGAUGGCCAUCGGCAUUAUCGAUCGCUAUCUGCAGCAGGUGGUCAAGGAAAUACUGCCCUCGGAUCUCAAUCUGAUGGGCCUCACUGCCCUGAUCUUGGCCAGCAAGUAUGAGCAUCCAAGGCCGACAUUCAUUUCAUGGUUUUUGAUGCACACGGACGGAGGCUUCACGGCCGAAAUGAUUUGUGACAUGGAGUUACAAAUUUUGCAGACAAUCAAUGGAGAUCUAUCGCGUCCGUUGCCGAGCCAAUUUUUGCACUGCUUCUGUAUGGCCACGGAGGACUUUGCUGUUGAAUGCCAGCACCUGGCGCAUUACUAUGUGGAACUGGCAUUGAUGGACACCGAAUUGGCCAGCGUCAAGCCAUCGGAGAUGGCCGCUGCUGCGCUCUUCCUCGCGCUCAACCUGUCCGACGGCACCCCCGACGGUGGCCUCGACGAGAGUCUCUGGACACGCCCGCUCGCCGAUUGCUCCCGUUGCACGGCUCUCCGCCUGAGACCCACCGUCCUGCGCAUGGCUCAGCUGCCGCUCAAAGCCGAACAGGCGGAGCUGUUGUCGAUCCGCCAGAAGUUCUCGAGCCGGAAGUAUAAUUCUGUUUCGCUCGCUCCGGAGUUGAAGGAGCGUCCCCGUCUGGAUUCGAUCCUGAACACUCAGGAUCAGAAUGAACCCCCCUUGAUGGCACCUGUGGUUCCCAAGAAGAGAUCAUUCUUCAAGCUCCCAUCCUGCAACGUAAUGUAAUCAACACUCUCCACGAUGCAGCCAAGGAUGAACACCAAAAACCGCACUCUAGUCAAAUGCACCAAAGAGAAUAACGGAACACGCACACACACGCAUAUACCACAGAUAUACACUGACACCGGAACACACAGACAACAGACAACAGACAGCAGAUAAGCACUGAUAACGAAGCCCACAAAGUAAGAGCAGAAGAGCCUUGGGACAUGCUCCUGCGACUUAUCGUUAAUUAUAUGCAUAUUAGAACAAUUUUUACACCUACUGACUAACAUUUACACACAUAACAUGAUUUUAUCUACACAA